AUGCCGUUGGUCCACAUUGUGCUGUUCAAGGUCAAGUCGCAGGUGCUGAGUAACGGGUGGGAAGAGUUUCAGGCCCGUGCCGAGACAAUUCGCGAUCUUGCUGUCGUGAAAGACGUCUGCCAAGACAUGAGGCUGGGCCCGCCCGUGUGGGACACGCGGUCGCACGGCUUCAACUACGGCCUGUACUCGGUCUUUGCCACGAUGGAUGAUCUCGUGCGGUACAAGGAGGACAAUGACCACAAGGAAUUCAUCAAGAUGAACCUGCUCCCGAACAUCGACGAUCUCCUGGCGUACGAUUUCGAGCUGUAG